CUGCGAAAAAUCGUUCGUAUGUCUUUUCCUCACAGCAGCAGCAGCAGGCGCUUACAGAAGCAAGCAAGCAAGCAAAGCAAGGCCAAGCUGGUGUUGUUCGUGUGGUGUGUCCCGCCCCAUCAUAUCCAACAACACGCCCGCGCAGACACGCAGCACUUCCUCCUCUUCUCUUGUUUGCUAGUCUUUGCGUGUGUGUUGCUCGCUCUCUUGUUGCUCUCGACCUGACUUUCAUCACCAGCAACGCCGCAAGCAAGCACAGCCAAGCGUCCUUCUUCAUUGUAAUCAACCCACAACGCACACACGCGUGCGCGGUGCCCACGGGGAACAAGGGGCCAUGAUUCAUUCAAGCACAACUCUCGACACCGCACGUCCUCCCAUUCAACAACAGAUGGCGGAACCACUUCGACCAUCCACGCCAGAGCCGAGGUUACGGCCCUCGUUGAUUCCACGGCACGUGGACGCCAUCAACUCGCCGCCUCGCAUGAUCCACACCAUUGGCAUUGCGCGUAACGGGCAUCGACGAGUGCGGCCGCACCCACGCCGGGCCACACCAUCGUCCUCGGCGCUGUCAUCGUCGUCAUCGUCAUCAUUGUCGAGGAGAGCGCGCCUGGACAGCGAGGACGACAGAGGCGGCAGCAGCAUGCGCACUCGGCGGCGGUCUGGCCGCUCGCGCUCGCCACUGCAGUUCCGGCCCCGCAGCCGACUCGAUUCGUGGGGCGACAGCGGCGACGACGACGAACGGCGCCGGCGACCACGCACCAUCAUCGUGCGGCGCAACCUCAUGGACCAGCAGCAGAGCGAAGGACACACUGGGCGGCAAGCGACCGGUACAAGCCAACACGGCGCGGAGACCAGGGAGACACCAGUUCAACCACAAGCGACCACUCCCGCCACGGUAACGGCAGCGGCGAGCAGGGACCAGCAGGCGUGGCCGCCACUGAUCCGGCCAUCGCCCGUCUUGCGGCCUGUCGCGCUGUACGAUGUUCGCCAUCAUCAGCGUCACGCCAUCGAUACCAGCGCCACCAUCAGCCACAAACACGACGACACCAGGGUGCAGGGCAUGGUUUGGGUGCCGCCGUCUCUUUCAUCCUCAACGGCAUCCUCAACCACAUCCUCAACCACAUCAUCGGCAUCAUCCUCUGAGUGCAAACCGGUCUUCUUCGACAUCAAGGCGCCGAUGGCGUUGGACAGGAGGGGCGCGUUCACCGCCAAUUCAACGUGUCGUGUGAGCGCUGGUCGUGUCCACGACCAAGAUGAGGACACCGUUCAGGGCGACAUGGCGCGGCUGUCACUGACAACGGCACAACAUAGCAACAAGGGCAACAGCAGCAACAGCAGCAGCAGCAACAGCAGCAACAGCAACAACAGCAACAACAGCAAGACCAAAACCGGUUUGGUGACGGUUGACAGUGGUGAAAGUGAUUGCGGCACUGACGCAGCGACCAAGGCGUGCUGCAAGCCGCUCGCCAAUGACAACAACAGCGACGAGGCGGGGACACGUUCCUUUGAAGGAAAGCUUAUGGCGGAUGAUGGUGUUGAUGGCGGUGAUGUGAUUGCGUCUGCACGGCGGUCGCUGCAUGCGUUACAACAGCAACAGCGACAGAAGCGUGCAGGAAACAAGCCCACGCUUCAAUUCCGCCCGCUCUCUCGCACGGCAUCUCACUCGCCCUGACGUGGUGUGGAAAGGGUAACAGCGUCAUGGCUCUAGGUGUCCGCGAUGUUUUGUUUGUCUGUCUGGUUGGUUGGUUGGUUGGUUGGCUGGUUAGGUAGAAGUUUGUUCGGUGAAGGCUCUGGGGCUUGUUCGUUGGUCGACAACACCGUGCGUGUGCGUGAAUGUGUGCAUGCGACAUGAAAUGAUCAAUACACCAUUUAAGCUUGAGAA